CCAGGGACCCUCCCCAAACCCACCCUGUGGGCUGAGCCAGGCCAUAUAACCUUGUUGCGGAGCUCUGUGACUCUCUGGUGUCAGGGGACCCCGCAGGCCCAGGAGUUCCGUAUGGAUAAAGAGGGAAGCCCACAGCCCUGGAGCAGACAGAAGUCACUGCAUCCAGGGGACAAGGUCAAUUUCUCCAUCACACACAUGACAGAGUAUGAUGCAGGGAAAUAUCGCUGCUCCUAUCUCACCCACACAGGCUGGUCAGAGCGUAGUGACCCCCUGGAGCUGGUAGUGACAGCCUUGUCCAGCCCUGUCGUGACCUCAGGAGGGACUGUGACCCUCCAGUGUGGCUCACGGCAGAAAGUUGACAGGUUUAUUCUUACUAAGGAAGGAGAAAACAGGCUCUCCUGGACCCUAGACUCACAGAGAGAACCAGGUGGGCAGGUCCAGGCCCUGUUCUCUGUGGGUCCAGUGACCCCCAGUGACAGGUGGAAUUUCAGAUGCUAUGGAUAUUACAGGAAGAGACCCCAGGUGUGGUCACAGCCCAGUGACCACCUGGAGCUCCUAGUCCCAGGUGGCUCAGGGAAGCCCUCCCUCCUGAUCCAGCAGGGCCCCAUUGUGGGCUCUGGACAGAGCCUGACCCUCCAGUGUCACUCUGACAUCGGCUAUGACAGAUUCAUUCUGUCCAAGGACGGGGGACAGGACCUCCAUCAGAGCUGUGUCCUGCAGCCCCAGGCUGGCCUCUCUCAGGCCGAAUUCCACCUGGGCAUUGUGAGCAGUACCCAUGGGGGCCAGUACAGGUGCUACGGUGGAUACAACCUCUCUUCUGAGUGGUCAGCCCCCAGCGACCCCCUGGACAUCCUGGUGGCAGGAUGGCUCCCUGACAGACCCUCCCUCUCGGUGCAGCCAGGCCCCUCAGUGGCCUCAGGAGAGAAGGUGACCCUGCUGUGUCAGUCAUGGAGCCCAAGCGACAUUUUCUUUCUGUCCAAGGAGGGGGCAGGAUCCCCUCUGACUCUGAGAUCACAGUCCCAAGCUCAGCAGCACCAGGCAGACUUCUCCAUGGGUCCUUUGACCUCAGCCCAUGGGGGGAACUAUAGGUGCUACAGUGCAAACCACAGCAACCCCUACCUGUUGUCACAGCCCAGUGAGCCCCUGAAGCUCCUGGUCUCAGAGAGUCAGGCCCGCAAACCGGAAAGUGAGGGUCUCUGUGGGGAGGUGGUGUUUGUUAAAUGGCAAUUUUGGCUCAUUCAUGUCAUCACUCCUGCCCAAGGUGUCAAACAGCCCCUGAACAUCCUGAUUGGGGUCUCAGUGGCCCUCAUCUUGCUGUUCUCCCUCUUCCUCUUCCUCUUCCUCCGACAUCGGUGUCAGAGCAAAGGCAGGACAUUGGAUGCUGUCAUAAAGGACCCACAGCCUGGGGAGAGUGUGGAGCUGGACCCUCAGCUCCCUCUCCAGGCUGUUGCAUCUGCUGCCCCCCAGGAUUCGACCUACGCCCAGCUGAUGCACUUGACCCACAGACGGGAGACAAGGACACCCCCUUCCUUCCCAUCUGGGAAGUCCUCAGAUAAGCCCAGUGUGUACGCUGCUCUAGCCGUCCACUAG